AUAUCGUGAUAUACUCAAUUAUAUCUCAUCCCUACUAUCGAUAUCAUGAUUAACAAUCACACUGCCAAUAUUGCGCUUAAAAUCAAAAGCCAUCUCUAGAUACAAAGUAGCGGUACUUUCAAUUUUGGGAAUCACAAUGAGUGAUUCGGAAUUCGGCAUUUGUCCAUAUAAUAAGUCGCAUCGCAUAUUGCUCUAUAGGAUGCCCGGCCACAUAAUAAAGUGUAUGCGCAAUUACAUGGGACCCCCCUUAGAGAUUUGCAAAUAUAAUGCGACGCAUCGCAUGCCAGGCGAGCUCAUGGAACAGCAUUUGGAAAAAUGUGCAGAUUACAAAAAAUUCCAUGAAUACGAAUAUUUACAAGAGGCUCUUCAAGCUCGUAGAUCACCGCCACGUGCUGAAUAAGGGGAAGCUAAAUAUUAUGAUGUAAAGAAAAAAGAGGAAAUAAAAAUG